UGAUUGAUAUCAUUGUCAUUUGAACUUCAGUUUAUAUACAAUUUGUUUCGACAUCAACAACAGCACAUCAAAUCAACAUUUUUGAACAAAUGGCAAACUGAUGUCAAUUUCUAUCCGACGUCUCUUCGACAAAAGCAAUAAAGGAGCGAUUCGCUAUUCAUUCGCUCUGGUUGGUUACACUUACAAAAGAAACGUAUCCAAUAUGUCGUCUUCAAAGGAAACACCAUUGGAAUUAUCUAAUCUUGUUAAAGGUAUUCCGGAAAACAUAUGGGUGAGAUCAGUGAACUUGGUAAGACAGUACAACCCAAUAAAUCUUGGACAGGGAUUUCCCGAUUUUCCCGAGGUAGUUUCUGAUAAGUUGAAAGCAGCCUUGAUUGAAACCCAAGCCCCUGGUGCUACUGUUAAUUUUAACCAAUACUGUCGUGGUCAGGGCCAUCCAGACUUAGUUGGCGCUUUAGCUGAUCUCUACAGUCCAUUAUAUAAAAGGGAUAUUGAUCCUAUGAAAGAGAUUCUAGUAACAGUUGGAGGUUACGAGUCGUUACAUUGCGCCAUCAAUUCUGUCACCAAUCCUGGAGAUGAGGUGAUUCUGAUAGAACCCUUCUUCGACAGUUACGGCGAAACUGUUCGAGCUUGUGGUGCAAAAGCGCGUUACAUACCAUUAACAUUGAAAGCUGGUGGAAAAACGUCUGCAGAUUUUACAUUUGAUCGAGACGCCUUAGCUGGCUUGUUUAAUGAGAAAACAAAAGCUAUCGUAGUGAAUACACCUCACAAUCCCACUGGAAAGGUCUUCACUCGAGAUGAGGUUGAGUUUAUUGCAGACUUAUGCAAGAAACACAACUGUCUGUAUAUAAGUGAUGAAGUUUACGAAUGGUUGGUUUAUGAUGAUCGCGAGCAUGUACGCGCUGCAACAUUGCCUGGGAUGUGGGAACGAACAAUAACGGUUUGCAGUGCUGGUAAAACAUUCAAUGUAACAGGCUGGAAGACUGGAUGGGCAAUAGGACCUAAAUAUUUGAUUUCAGCAGCCAUGGGAGUUCAUCAAGGAAUAAUUUAUACUUGUCCAACGCCUUUACAGGUUGCUUUAGCGACUGUUUUAAAAGAUGAGAAGAAAUUGCUAGGAACCGAACAUUCCUACUGGAAAUGGCUUCGUGACAAUCUUACUUUAAAAAGAGAUCGAAUGUACAAAAUGGCGUUAGAAGCUGGUUUGCAUCCAAUUAUGCCCGAAGGAGGAUAUUUCAUGGUCGCUGAUGCUUCGAAAGCAGGCAUCAACCCACCAACACCAGAAGAGAACAUGCAAUUUGAUCAAAGAUUUGUUGAAUGGAUGGUAAAAGAAAAGGGUAUUGCUGCUAUACCUGUCAGCGCAUUUUUUUCGCCAGAUAGCAAAAAGCUCAAUGAUCGUUUUAUACGCUUCUGCUUUAUAAAGGGAGACGAUACGUUAGACGCUGCCGAAGAAAAAUUUAAGGCCUUGAAAAACUGAACAAAGGAUUUGAAUUUAAACUUUUUAUCUUUUACUACUUGAAAAUAGAAUUGUUAGCAAAGAAAAUUUUCGGCGGAAUAUUUUUGAACAAAAGGCAAGCUCUUGAAGUGGAGUCUGUCUAAACCAGAUCUUUUUUAGAUAUUUAUGACAUGUACGCGAUAAAAAUGACAGAUACAUUGAUUGAAGUGGACUGUUAUCUUAAACAUUAAAAAUGUCGAAAAUCUUUUAUAUUUUGAUGAAAAACCAUGGUAUGUCUACAAUAUUUCUACGAUGUGAAAAUUCGCGCUCAUAACAGAAGCUGUUUACGUUUACGAAAAUGUUUCUAUAAGUUUUUCAAUUACCUUUUUUUAUCUCUUUAAUUUGUUUCUAUUUUGAACGGAUCAUAUUUUCUUUGUCUAUAACAUUGCUAAAACCUACAUAAAGUUAAGUUAUACUCGAAGAAAGAAUUUUUCACGUAAUUGUAUAUGUAAAAACGACAGUUUUUGCGGCGUUUUGGAUGAUCAUCCACCUAUUAUCAAGGAAAAAAAUAAUCAUUAAAUCAUAAAAUUAUAAUGCAUCCAAUAAAUAUAAUGGCACUGA